AUGCAGCCUGCUCUCGGAGCCCUCGGGCACACCUGGACUGCCAUGCGAGCCAUGGAGUUCAUCUCUCUGAUCACGAUUAUCGGAUUGACUGCCAACUUCAUUGGUGAGAUGGUCAAUGCUGAUUAUGCGGCGCCUUCUGCCUUGAUUGGAACACUGGUUGUUGCCUGCAUCUCGACUCUCUACAUCGCCAUCUCUUACAUUCUCUACUGGGAUGGCAUGCUUCCUCUCCUCCUCUCCACUGGUGCCGAUAUUAUGCUUCUCGUCGCAUGCAUCGUAGUCGCCUGCACUGUCGGCAAGCCCGUCAGCUACCUCUCGUGCCCCAAGUUUCCCUCGGACGGCAACACGGCCAACUUUGUCAACUCCCUCUUCCACAACGUCUACCACUCCCGUGGCAACACUUUUGCCUGGGUCGACCCUGAUAAGGCUUCGUGCUACCAGAUCAAGUCCAUCUGGGGCCUCAGCAUUGCCCUCUGCGUGCUGUGCGGCCGUGAGGGGCAGGUCAACGCCCUGGGCAUCAGUCUAGGACCGCAUGUGAUGGCCCAGGAGCGAAGUCUGGGAACCCUGGCCAUGGCGAAGCGGUUCGACAGCGACUCUUCUGAUGCUGAGAGCGCACGCCAGCCGUGGUGUCCCCCGCCCCCCACGGCGCCUGUCCGAGUAAAGAGAAAGGAAGUGCCACAGCCUCUGCAGCAUCUUCCUCCUUUGCCUCCAGUUCCGGUGUCACCGGGACGUAUGAAUGAUAGUGGACCAAAGAGUCCUCUCGAGAGGGUCUGGUCGAAGCGCAAGACUCUGCUGGAACGGGUAGAGGGUUGGUGGGAUCUUGAUCUGCUCGAGAAGAGACAGACACUCUUCGGCGGUAAAAGGGUUCAGGGGUAA